CAAAUUCAUGUUAUUCGACGAGUACCGAUUAUUCUAUCAAUAUUCAUAAUAAAGUUGGAAAAUUAAUAUCAGAACAGUCAAUAUAAUAUUUCUGCAUCCACCGCAUACCGUAGAGUAAAUUGUAAUUAAUGUUCUCCUUCAGACCGGUUAAAAUACUUAUUAACUGACGUAAUCGUGCAUGACAACAUCUGGUACAUUACGAUGCGAUGCCGUCGGCGUUUAAUGAAAUUAAAUUUCCCUCGUCAUAAGGUUCAAAAUCUGUGAUUUAAUACAUUAGAUAGACUAAAAAGUGGCGUGCAAUUUCCUAUGGCCGUGAUAGUGGUCGGAUAUUGAUGAGUUAGCAGUUUAGUGGGGAGGCAAGGAGUCCAGGAGCCGUUGAUUGCGGAGGUCCGGAGGACGAGGAUGAACGACCCGUGGGACGUGAAGUCUGUGCGACGGGCAGGCCAGUACGUGUCCUGCAUGAAAAUAAAUGGGGUGCCGCUCCUUCCGCCUGUUAAAGUCAAGCAUUUAAAAUAGCAUGUGCAGAUUGUCAUUAGUUGUUCAAGACCUUAUUAGAACACUGUUAUUGGAAAUAUUUGUAAAAAUGAAAAAAAUAUUGUUAAAAAUACAUGCAGAGUUAUCUAAAGAAUGUCGCAAAGAAAUGCAGUACUAUAAACUUCUUGCCCGAGAAGUUGAGAAGCGUAUAACUCUUCUACAGCCCUAUGUCAUAGACACUGACUCGGAAUCUGAGGAUAAGACUGACGCUCCUGAACUGCCUGAAUGCGAACAAAGCUAUGAACUCCCACAUGAGGAGGUCCAGGCUGGCUUCAAUGUUAAUAUAGAUAAAAUUACUGCUAUCACUUCAUCUCAAAAUGGCCAAAAAGCGCUUGCCCUAUCCCCAGAACUCGGCCCCGUGACCAGUAUUUGUAACAAUAUCACUUCCAAUGUGGUUGUGGAAACAGUGGAUUCAGGUUCUAGGUCUAACUCUCCAAAAUUCAUAAUAGAUCUCAGUUUAAGCAUCAAUGAAACUGGAAAGAAUGUUAUUGAAGCUAUUAAAAAGGCUCCACACUCUCAAAUAGAUCUUCCAGAAAGAGAUUAUAAUUGCACGAAAAGAAGAAUUACUCAAAAGGUAAUAACAGAAAAAGAAGUAAUCACGGAAGUAGAUUCUGAAAGAAAUAAUAAAAAACAAAAAGCGAAAGCCGAAGAAGUUACUGAUUUCAGCUUUAGUGUUAAUAAACAUAAUUUGAGCAAUCCUUUUGUUGAUGUACCUAUAUUCCAAGAUGGUCCUUCGUCUCUUAGCUCCAAGAGCUUUACUGGAUCCUUAAACGAUUUGCACAGAGAGAGCAUUAAAGACUUGCAUGUUGCUCCGACAUUAAUACGCCAGCGAUCUUAUACUAUACUGAACCCGAGUCCACAGCUCAUGGCUCAUCUAGAAGUACAAUCCAAGAAUACCGGUAUCGAGGUGAACUCUAUAUCGAUGAGUGAAUCGUUUUCUAACCUGAGUAGUCCGAACAAAAAGCGUAGAAGUUGGGACUUGGAAACUGCCAAAGUGAAAUGGUCUUCUAUGGCACUAGAGUUGAAACAGACUAACGUCGUAAACAAUCUUGCUAGGAAGGUAUCUACUAGAACUGUCCUAAAAAAUCAACAAGUGAAAAAGUCUCCUCAGAACACACCACCCACGCGGACUAAGUCCGUUACUUUAGAUAAAGCUAGACGCAACGUCGUAGCGCCAAAACCAAUGACAAAAUCUAAUGCGAUUCCCAGUAAUGAUAUAUCACCUAAAUCUGAACCAAUUCCAAAAAAUCUAAAUCGAAAAUCAAUUAGUCCAGUAAGAAAUUGUAGCAACCGUCCUGUAGCAAAAGAUCCAGGGUCACCUAAAGUGAUAAGAAAACAACCUGAGCCAUUGCCCCAAUAUCACGCGCAUCCAACACCAAUAUCUGAAUCGGACGACCCGGCGGCGCGCGUGCGGGAGCUCUAUGAGAAAGUACAAAAUCAGCAGUUGUUACAAAUGGCAACGUUAGUGGAAAAACAGAAGAAGGAGCAGUUGCUCCUUCAGCAAGUGUUUGAGGAGCAGAAUAAUUUGCUCUUCAAACAGCUAAAGACUAUAUGUCCCAAGUCUCCGAUAGAAGUAAAGGAGGCUUGGGGCGACAAACAUCUGGACGCAGUUCGGGGCCCGGUCAGCCUGAGUCAGCUGAUCAACUACAAGUCUCCGGAUCAAAGUGAUUUCGGCAGUCCUGUUUCGACAACAUUGACUGAAACUAACAACUACAUCAACCAGUGCGAUAACGUUCUGAAGAAAAGCAGGGAUAUUUCCGGGAGCAUCAAAAAGCAACCGAAUAAACCUCGUUUUCAGAACGGAACCAAGAUUUUGCCUCCGAAGCCACAACCUGAGGCGAGUAAGGGUCGGGCUCACUCCCCGUCUCAGAGAAACACCCCGACGUCUCGACGACUCAACUACGACACGAGCGCAUCAUCUGAUCAGGAGUUGGAUCCGAUGCUAACCGAUCGAACGAACGACACGAUGGCCGAUUUGAACGUGACGUUUCCUUCUGACAACGACGAUUACAGCCAGCACACCAGCAGCACCAUGAGCCACGUGUUCGGUAAGGAAAUCAAAACGCUUCAUGGAGCAUCGCACACGAGUUCUGCGAUGCGUUGCAGCAAGUCUACGGACAAUGCCAUCCGCAACAUGGAGAGAACGAUACACAAUUCAAUCAACAGCACUAAUUCGAGAGUGGCCAAGUCCAAGUACAACAUCCAAGGGACGCCAGAGGAGCAUGCGGCAGCUACCAAAAUAGUGGCCGUGGCCAAAGGGUACCUGGUCCGUCGACUCAUGCGCACCGACCGGGUUCAGGCAACCGUGCAGACCAUCAAGGAUGCACUACUGUGUGCCCUGCAGCUGCAUCAGGAUCGGGAGGGGAUCAGGGGAGCUGAUGUGGAUCUGCAUCGGCGGUUGAUACAGCAGAUCACAGCAGCAUGUUACUCCCUUCACGACACAUUCGUAGCGAGCACGGCUUCGGAACGUUGCGCUCUCAUCGCGGCCGACAGGGGGCGCCGUCGCUCGCUCGCCGCGCGGCAAGCCAACAACUCCUUUAGACAGACGGACCUAAUGUCACAAAGCCACACCGGGGCGUUUCCCGCGCGCACCAUGCGACCUCCACCCUCGCUGAUGACGCAGUCGUACUAUGAGACGUUUAACGACGAAAAGCGCGCGGGCGUAUCAGUUUCCCGCCAAAUGUCAAGUCCGCACCGACGCCCGUGGCGCUGACCCUCGCCCACGCCCAGCUGUCUGCCGCGCUUCUUUGCCCACUGCUGGGCGACGCGCCGCGACAUCGGCCUAUAAAUUUGGACAAAAUUUCAAACAAAAUUUUCCAGCUUUUUAAGGCUUUCCCCACUUUAUCUGUGUUGCAAGAAACAAAUUAUAUGAAAAAUUUAUUGUUUUUGUUUGAAAUUUUAUCGUUUCUCGAAAUAUUUUUUGAUUGAUGUAUUUUUAAGGCUUCUAUUUUACAAGCAAAAUACGAAAAUUUUAAGCCACCAAAAUUGAUAGUAAUUGUUUUCAGUUAUUUUUAUAUCUUCAAGAGUCAAAAAUAUAAGUUGACCAAUUGGGCUAUACUUAGAAAAGUCCGUAACAUUUUUUUAUUACUGAUAAAUACAAUGACUAAUUUUGAUGAAAAAUAUAUAAGCUUUAAGCGUUUCGAAUGCUCUCUUUUAUACAUACAGCAAGAAGACUAUCGUGCUAAAGUUUGGCUUCAAGUGUAUUUAAACUUAAAUUAAGGAAAACUUUAUCUACAUAUUGUGCGUCAACUCAACUUUUAUAUAAAAACACCGAUAUAAGUUCAAAUAUUAUUUGUAACAAAAUUAUUUAUUGUUAGCAUUUAAGUCUUAAAUUAUGGUUGUAAUAUUAUUAUUCCGUUCGGUAUGCUUCCAAAGCAAAGUGCCUAUAUUUGCACCAAAAUAACUUAGAAUUAAAAUUAAGAACUGUAUCAACUCCGUCGCUGUGUUUACAAGCGUAAUUUUAUAAAUAAUGCAUAAUUUUAUAAGCUUUAAAAGUAUUCCGAUUAAUCGGUACCAUAUAUUUUGAAUAUUGAUAAAUUAGAUUUAGCAUAAGUGCACAUUUAUAAAUUAAACACAGCGACAUAUUAUAGUAGACUAGAGUAUAUUUCAAUUCACUGAAAUAUAAGAAUUUCAUACCAUGAAUGCCAAUUUGAACAAAAUGUUGUAUGAAGUAAACUUAAUUUUUAAGUGUGGCAAGACUAGACAAAUCUUACGGGGUUGCCAAGAGUGGUGAGGUGAAGAAGUGGCAAGAAAAACGAGUGCCUAGCUAGUGGCGACUUUCUUGGAUAAAUCAU